CAUGAUUUCUCAAUUGACGGUGGGAAGAGAAAAAAAACGCCACUCUGAAAGUCCAAACCCUCCUUCGCUCUUCUUCAACUAACUCCACUCCGCCAAACACAACACCACCCAGAACCAGAUCCCCCAUUUGAGAUCCUCAGAGCUCUCCACUCCCACCAUUUUUCCCAUUAAAGAUUUUCUCCGUCAUAUUGAAUCCCCUUUGAACAAAAAUCCCAUCUUGGCUUGGGUGAAAUUCAUCCACUCCUCUUCCCAUCCAAAGCUAAGUACAGACGAAGAGAUGUCUGGCUUUGGAGUUGUAUUCUCUUACUUGUUUCUACUGUUUUCCGCCACCAUUAUUACUCUCAACCAAGGAAUGUCUGUACAUCUGUUUUUUCUUACUUGAUUUGUGACUGGAUGUCUCUGUUGCUUUGAGAUAUCAAAAGGGUUUGGACCAGAACAACACGGCAGCAGCUGAAAUGGUGCCGUUGAUCGAGCCGGGGACGGUAAAGACGAUGGUGUUGAACGAGACCCGCCGGCGGUUGGGGAGUUUCCAGAUAUGCGCACUCUGUACUUGCUGUGGGGGGCCUAGAGGACUGUGUUUGCCCUCUCCUUGCUGUUACGCCAUCAACUGCAACAUACCAAACAGGCCCUUUGGCUUUUGCUCCUUUACACCCAAAACCUGUAAUUGCUUUGGAUGCAAUCUCUAGCCCUUCUCCUCUCUUCUCCCCCCCUUCUUUCUUGCUCUUUCCUACCUUUUCCCCCAUUUCCUUUUUCUUGGUUUAUUAUUUUAGGGGCUGUAAUUCAGUGAUUUUGUUGGGCUUGUGAAAUGGAAAGGAAUAUCUGUUCUUGGUUAUUUGUUUAUUAUUAUUUAUAUUGCACUCUAGUGUUUCUCCA